UCGGUGUCGUUAGUUGCUGCCGCUGAAACUAACGAAUCGGAAGCUCAGAAAAAAAAGCAAUUUAAUAUGGUGUAUUAGAAACAAAUAUUUUUUUAAAGAUCUGGAUUUGUAGCUUCUAAAAAUGGCAACGAAAAGUUUCGAGGGAAAACUUUUAAGCUGCGAGAAAGAUCUUCCCACAACUUGCAAUUGCAGGAAGCGGUGCAAUAACUGUGGUAUCUUCCUGAGCUGCUUUGUGCUGUCGCUGUGCCUUCACCUGGUCACCCUGGUCUGCUACUUGGAUCUCCGAUCCGAGGUCAAACGGGAACUGAGGCUGCAGAGCAGGAGCGAGACUCCAGGCGGACAAACACCAGAUGAUCCCCGUCCCGAGAACAAGCCUGAGUGGGAAAUACAAUCAGCUGCUACCGCCGCUCCCGAGGCACAUGUGUUAAAUUAUUUACCUACAGAAGAUCAGGCACUACACUAUGGAAAUCAAGUCAAAGUGAUUCAUCGGAUGAAGCGAAGCCAAACCAAAGAGCCAGGAGAAAGAGGUAAAAGCAAAGGCAAAGGGAAAGGCAAGAAAACGGGUCCACCUGGCCCACAAGGGCCCCCAGGUCCUCCGGGCCCCCCAGGACCUCAGGGCCCCCCGGGAAUCCCAGGAAUCCCUGGAAUACCAGGAACAGCAGUGUUGUCAGCACCUGGACCACCAGGUCCACCUGGCCAACCAGGACCUCCUGGACCACCAGGACCACUCGGUACUUCAGACAAAGCUGCUGACGGUCAGACAUCAAUGGCAGUUGUCCACCUCCAGGGUCAUGACUCAGUCAUUCAAGUUAAACAAGAUCUCAUAGGUGGUAUUCUGGCUGACUGGGUCCGAUCUUCGCUGAAUCAUAAGGUCUUCCGGUUACACAGCCGAAGUGGACAGUUGGAGGUACUUGUGGAUGGCACCUACUUCAUCUAUAGUCAGGUAGAAGUUUACUACAUUAACUUUACUGACUUCGCAAGUCAUGAGAUGCUUGUGGACGACAAGCCUUUCUUGCAGUGCACGCGCAGCCUUGAAAACCGCAAGUCGAAGUUCAAUACCUGCUACACAGCUGGGGUGUGCCUACUCAAAGCAAGGCAGAAGAUCACAGUCAAGAUGACGUACGAAGAUACAGUUGUAAACAUGAGUAAGCAUACAACUUUCUUUGGAGCAGUGAGACUAGGCGAGUCCCCAUAGGUGUGGGAAGCGAGGGACUGGAGUACAGGAGGUAAAACAAAAAAAAACAAGGCUGUAUCCUGAACGAUGUCAUGUAAAAUUUAUAUUGAAGUACAGCGUAAGGAAAUGAGACUACAGAGUAAAGUUUAUUUCAUUUAUCCAAAUUAAGUCAAUUCCCAAUUUCCUGACAUGUACUUCUAUGAACGGACGUGACUUGCAUUGAGUUGUAUCGAAAAACCACUGAAACUGGCACAAAUCUGUCAGCCUUGUAACAAAGUCUCAGCUAUCCAUUUCUCCCAAUGUGUUUAACAGUGACAGAGUAUUAUUAACAGAGUUGAUUCCCCCAGUCCACCCUUCUCCCAGUGGACUGGAAUAACUCAAUUUGUUCUGCAGCACCCUUUCAGAUUUAAUGGACAUUUGGCUGGUGUUGAAGGCAUGCAAAAAUGAAAGCAGAAACGCAAGAGGAAUGAACCAGACAAGUGGGUCUUGAAGAAGGGACCUUUUUCUUGUGAAUGAUCAGAAAAGAACAAUAGUGGCCUGUUCUUGAAUCAACCUCUCGUGUCACCAGAAGUGUGGGAGAAGCCAUUCAAUGAGUUUCACUUACCUCUGGAGGAAACUCAGCAAAGAUCUAAGAAUAAAAAAUUGUUUAGUGCAGUUAAAAUUUGCCUCGCAUAGUGAAAUGAACAAUUGCUUGCACUUUUGCAUUGGGUGAGCAUAUUCCUUGGUUACCCAAGGUCUGUCGUUAAUAUAUUCAGAGAUAGAGCCCUCAGACAUAGUGAAUUCCAAAGAAUUACAACAGUCUGUGUAAUUUCUACUCAUGUUAGUUCUUGCAUCUUAUUCUGAGACUCUGCCCCCUAAUUCUAGACUCUCCAGAUUGGAGAAACUCUCUAUACAUUCAUUCGAGAAAAGGUUUGAUUCUCAUCUGUCAUUUUCAUAACCAGACUUUUCUUGAAAGGAUGCCAGUGAAUCAUGUGCUUUGUAAUUCACUGCAGCUGUCCAAUGUGGUGCUGUUGGAAACACUUCUAUGGUGGGAGGAAUACAAAAGUUAAGCAUGUGCCCGUGGUUAUAAGCUGCACGUCUGUAACUGGAGUCGCAUUAUUAGUCUUAGCUUUGUGGUCCUUUAGUUCCCGAAAACAUGGAUUACAUUUCCAGCACCAUUGGAAUGUUCCAAUCUGGUACAUUUCGAACAUUUAACAUUUUGUCGUUCUGAGAUAUUGUUACAAACUAAAAUGGAAAAAUAUCUCAUUCCUGCCAUCUUGUGACUGAAUGAAAUGUUACAACUUGCAGUGAAUUGCACAAAAUCAACAUCACAAACCCAAAUUCAAUUUGCAUACUGUUAAAUGAAGAAGUGAAUGGAAAUUAUAUUAAAUGUUAGCAUCCUGAAAGUGCUGUGACAUGAAGGUUACAUUGCCCAAGUAGCCAAAAGGGACAUCCUGCAAUUACCUAAUAUAAUUUUAAAAAUAAAACUUUAGUGGAAGGAGGAAAAAAAAUCCUUUCAGCAAUUAACAUCACCUUUAAUAACAAACCUUUGUGGAUGGACAAAACUGGUUCUAAGACCAAAGUUGCAAGCCAUUAUAUAUUGGCCUUUUCUGUACAAAUAUUAGUUUUUAAACCAUGGUGAAGCUGAAUCUCCAGAGUGGGAACAUAUGAACCAAAAAAUAUGGGCUAAAUGGCAAAGCUUUCUAUUCAUGAAAUUGUUUUAUAUGGUCGUCUUCCCUGAAAACCCAAUAAGUAAAUAUUUUGCUAUAAAAUCAGCAAUAUUGAAUAACAAGGUCAAGUUUCUGGGAACUUAUUUAGUGGCCCAAGGAUUGCAAUUUUCUUGCACCUUCUGGAUUUGGUGGGGAAAAUGAAGUCCUAGCUUGGGCUCCCAUUAACUUCUGCUACAGGUGCUUAUGUGGAAAUAUCAGGUGAGAGCAACAUUGAACUCAGUUGAAUAGCCUGCUGGUAGCCACUGACACAAGCACAAAGUUGGACAGAGUCUUAAAAAUAUCCUUACAAAUUUGAACCUUAAUAUGCACAAUGACUUCCAAAACAGAUUUAAAAUUUUUAAAGAAAGUUUUUGGCCACUAGAAUUGUACAUCUCAACUAUACUUCCUUCCACUCUGCCUCUAAGGACUCUGCUCCAAUUCACCCAGUUCCUCCAUUUGUGUCAUAUUUGGAUUUUCAACAUAGGUGCCUCUCCAAUAUCUUCCUUCAUCCUGAACCAUAGUUGACAGAGCCUUUCACUGCAUCUUAUUUCCCACACCUGUGUUCUCACCCCUCUCCUCCUGAACGGAGCAAGUAUAGAGUUCCACAGGUACUCACUUUCCAUCCAUUAGCCUUCUUAUUCAAUGGAUCAUCUUUUGCAAUGAGAUCACCGUCAAUGAGAUGCAGCUUACCCUCCCCUCCCAGGUUUCAAAGGAAUCAUUUCCUUCACAACUCCCUGGUUUGCUUUUCCAUCCCCACCAACCACUCCCUUUUGUCCUUAGACCUCUUCCCUUCCCAUCAUCCAGGGACCCAAAAAUUUCUUCCAGGUGAAACAGUGAUUCACUUGCAUUCCUUUCAGUCUAGUGAACUGUAUUCAGUGUGGCCCUUCUCUACAGUGGAGAAACCAAGCACAGAUUGGGUGACCUUUUUUGUGGAGCACUUGGCCUGCAAGGGCAAGACUAAGCUUCCCGUUGCCUGCAGUUUAACUCUCAGUCCCCUUCUAACCUAACAGUCUGUGGGAUCCUGCAUUGUUGUAAUGAGGUCGAACACAAGUUUGAGGAACAGCAGUUCAUCUUCUGUCUGGGCACACUACAGCCUUCCAGACAGCUUCAGGUAACUUACUUUGUUUGUGUUGGAACUGACCAGGUUGACCUCUGAUGUUAGUUCAGUUUUUUCUCUCUCAAUCAACACCACCUGCUGGACCUCUCCUACAGCUCUUUUGGUUUCAAACUUCCAACAUUUGCAGUUUUUGUUUUGAUUUUCAAAUCCAAAUCUUAUUCAUUUUGCUCAACAUCUGAACCAAAACAGUGUGCAAAAAUCAGCCAGAAUCAACAAUGAAACAAAACAUGCAAGUAUUUCCAGCAGAGCUCAAUUAUCUUUUUUAAUCUGGCUAACUGGUACUCUUGUUUGUCUGUCUAUCCAUCCAUCUUUCUCAGGACAGAGAUUCAUGUUGGCAAACUGAAAGGCUUCCAAAUCCUCUCCCCAAGUAACUCUUUCUGUACUGGCCCACAGCUUUAAAUCAACAAUUCACACAUCAGACUUCAGCCCACAGAGCAAUUGGACUGCUUGUAAGGCUAUUGCACUUAGUGGGAUUGUCACCCUUAUUCUUUCUCCCACUGAAACUCUUCAACAAAAGUUCCUGCUGACUAAGGAAUUUAUUUUCAACUUUGUCAAUUCCAGACUGCUGAAACCAAUUAAAAUAUCCCAGGUUUUGCCCUACUCUUCCUUUAAUGAGCAAUGAAAAUUUAGAAUAAACUUAGGACAUUCCUACUCAUGAUUAUCAGUAGGAAAUCAGUUAAUGCUUUUUUUAAAAAAAGCAAGGAGAAAGGUCCUUUUUAUUCCUCUUGGCCUGAAUAGCAAUAUUUUGAUUGCAUCUGGGGGGUGGCCUCUUUAUAAAAAAAAAAUCCCUUCUGCUGGACAUUGAGGGUGAUUACCUCAGCCAAUCAUGUCACCAGGAUCUUGGUGAACACCCUUAUGAAUAUUGGGGCAGUAGUUAUUGGCCUCCAGUUAUCAAAAUGCAUAUUGGCCAAGUUGCUGGUGGGAAACACCUGAAGUUGAAUCACAGCCUGGCAGCUGAGGAGCCUUAAAUAUGAGCAACUAAAUUAAUUUGGAAAUGAAAAGCUCGGAUCAGAAUGUGAAACUACUGCUUUGUCAUGAAAGCCCAAGGAAAGAAAUCUGCCAUGCUUGUCCAAUCUGACUCCGGGCUCUUAACUGGCCUAGAAAGCCACACAGUUCAGAGGACAAUAGUGGAUGGGCAAUAAGUGCUGGCCUUGCCAGAGACAUCCACAUCUAUAUGAAAAUAAAAGAAAACACUACACACAUCACUAAGCCACACCCACCAACCUGUCAACACAACAUUUCUAACGUGUGUCUUUCUAAACCUUAUUGCUUUUGAACUGUGCAUCUUUCUCAAAGAAACAUCAGUCUCUAUUUGGUGACAAUAUGGUUUUGUAAGCCUUGAAUUGUAGUUGUAUAAUAUGCAAGGAUAGUUCCCUAUUUAUUUUGUUCUUUUGAUUUGAAUUUUGUACCAUCAUAGGGGUGUGAUGGAAACCCUGCAACUACCAAUAGUGGACUUGCUUUCUCACUGGCUGAAGGCCAUGUGUGGCAAUAGUAAUUUUUUAAAUUAGUGAAAUAAAUGGGCCACUGUCAAUUUUCUUCUUCACUGCUCUCUUGAAGAAUCAUCAUCUGCAUUUGCCUUAUCUUGUUUCAAAGUAUAUAAUUGCCACCCUACAUUUUCAUACAUAUUACAGCAAUCUGUUUGGCUAUGUUGUUAAGUUGGGCUCUAAUUGGCUUUGUAGCUGUAAUUCAGAAGGACUUGUAAUAAUAAAGGAGUGAUUGAUUAUUAAAAAUAAAUGGGACCAAGAUGAAAUGGCCUUAGUUUUCCACGAUGUGAUGCUCCAGUGUUUGAAGCUCAAUCUUAUUGUAUUCUUAAUGAUAUCUAACACUAUUGCAUCUUGGUCUUGUCUGUUACUACUUCUGUAUUGUAGUGUAUAUAAUAAAGUACCUCAAUGUUAUAUUGGUUUCAGUUUACCUGUUGUGGAACGUUGAGACAAACAGAUUAUUAUAAGAUGGCUUCUUCAAACAAUGAUGGAAUGAGUCUGUGCUGGAAUGGGUCAGUUAUGAGUUGUGUUCUUUAGACAUUAACAUAAUUUAUUUGUAUUGUGUAUAUAUAUUUUUGUAUUAGUUGAACAACACUUUAAAAUGUUUGCUCUGUUCACCUGCUGUAUACUGAGUUGCUAAACAUCUUUAAAAAGAUGUACAUUAUUAAAACUGUACAUGUCCUUCAA